AUGGUCGGCCGUGCCCGCAUCUGCCUCCGCCCUGCUCACCUCACUCAACACCAGUAUAUUCAAGCAACACACCCCCCAAUCCCAACCAGCGCACUUGCCCAGCGCAUAAACGCAUAUGCCCGUGCCCACCUCCCAGAACCAACCUACAAACACUCACUGCGCGUAUGCCACUACGGACUUGCCAUCAAACGCUAUCGUUUCCCUCAUGCGGACUGGGAUUUCUCCAACGAGACCUACUCCCUGGCAUAUGUGCUGCAUGAUAUCGGAACUACGGAUGAGAACCUGCAUAAGACGCACAUGAGCUUUGAGUUCUAUGGUGGGUUCUUGGCGUUGGAGGUGCUGCAGGAUGGGGAUGGUGGGACGCCGCGGGAGCAAGGGGAGAGUGUCGCAGAGGCGAUUAUUCGGCAUCAAGAUCUUUGCGACACGGAGGAAGAUUACCGCGUUGGGGCAAUUGCUGCUGCUGGCGACGAUCUUUGGUAUGUGUUUUUAUCAUGUCUAGUUUUCCUUUCCCCGGUUCCUGGAUAUCUUGAUAACUGUUAUAAUUCUUGGCGUAUAGAUAAUACCGGCACCUAUGCCGAUCUGGUCCAUUCUGACAGCAUCAAGGUUGUAUCGGCGCACUUCCCACGUCAUCACUGGAGCCAGUGCUUCGCCUCUACGAUCCACCGUGAAAAUGGCCUGAAGCCCUGGGCACAUACUACGGCCCUGGGCGAGGAAGCUUUUCCGGCCAAGGUGCUUGGGAACAAGCUCAUGGAACCGUUUGAAUGA